CACAGUGUUGAUCGCGCUACCAUCUGCAACGCCGCACAAAAUAUAAAAAUAAACUAAUAAUGAAACUAAAAACCGCAACAUAUCGUGAUUAAGGUAUCAAACAAAACGAAAAUCAUAUCAAAUUAGGAGCGAAUCCGUUUUAUUCAUAAAAAUACUUAGUGAGCGAAUUCUUCUGUGAUUUAACGUGCAAAAUGGUUUUUCAUUGUGAUAAAAUGAACCUCUAUUCCUUUACUGACAACAAAAUAGAUGACAUGGAAUAAGUGGAAAAAGGUUUCACGUAUGGGCAGUUUACCAGACCUGACGGAGCGGUCCCGCCCGGCGCCACGGAUCGCCGUACGAACCGUGUCCGACCCCCACAGGAAUCGGACUAUUAUUACUCAGAUACCAGUGAACGCAAUAUAUAAGAAAGAUUGGCCAUGGAGGAAAUCGAAGACCCCUAUUCGAGUAGGCCCCGCCGUAUCUGCCAGAAGACGAGAAUCGGCUGCUUCUUCUCUUGGCGCCGCAUCAGUCCGGAGACUUCUGGCUCGCCCACCCCAAAAACUACCCAGAACUUUAGUGCACAGAUUCACCCUUUUGUGUAUUUCGAGUGGUCUUUGUGCCACAGCCCUACAUCCAUUCACAGCAUUCGCUGGAGCAGAAGCCGGUUCCUUACCUUUAGCCAUAAUGCAUUCGAUAGCGGCUAUAACAGCCCCAUUCGCACCUCUAAUACUACAGAAGACUGGUAACAGGAUAGUAAUAACUGUAGCUCACAUAUUGGUGUUUAUUCUUCUAACGGCGCACACAGUGGCCACUCCUCUGUCUGUUCUUCUGUUUCUCUACGCUCUGUGUGGGUUGAGUCUAUCGCCAAUGUCUCUAGCUCUUGCAGCCUCAGCCAAUUCUUUAGCGCAGGCGGCGGGUGAUGAAAGUAGACGAAAAAUAGCUUUGAGACGGGCACUGAGGGCUCUGAGAGCGGCUCACGACUUGGGUCUGGUGUUUGGGUCUCUCCUUCUUGGUGCAGCGCUAAUUAUUUGGCCCGAAAAUGUCACUCAACAAACUGAUGCUCCCUUGAAUAUGACAUUAUCACAGUGGUCGUCUCCUGUAGAUGAUUACUUUUUGGAGGACAACUAUGAGGAAACCACAUGUGGUGCCGCUGGCUGUCCCGACACGCAGUCCACUAUCGGUAUAGUCCUCAACGCUGAUGGACGAAGGGUCCUCGUAGCUGUCUGGGCAUUUGUAUCAUUAUCAUCGAUAGGACUAGGAGUGUACGGAGCUCCAUCAAGUCCAGCGCCACCGCCGGAUGCCCGUUCCAUUUUUAGAGAUCCAAGGGCACUUCUUGGAGCUCCUAUGGGCUUGUUUAUAGGUCUACAGCAAGGGUUUAUAUACACUUCUUAUAUUAAGUGGUAUGGAGUAUGUGUGGACGGUUGGUGGUGUGCAUGGCGGGCCUUAGUCGGUGCUGGAGCGUUCCAGGCUCUUGCAGCUGGUACUCUAAGUAUGGCUGCGGCUAGAGGUCGCCGAGGGGCUUUAGUGGCUGGAGGAGGAGCUGCACAUGCAAGCCUCGUGCUAGCUCUGCUAAGGUGGAGGGCCGCUAGAACUGAUCUUGCGCUACCAGCACUCGCAGCCGCUGCGUGGGGCGCUUGUUCAGCACUUUGGGAUGUCUUACAGGGUGGUCUUUGCAUCGGCGGCCCAGGGUGGCGAGGUCCUUGGUCAGUAGUGCUGUGCGCCCGACAUACAGGAUUGGCCCUCGCGUGUGCAGCGAGACAUUCACUGUGCGUAAGGACGCAGCUACCUGCAUUAGCAGCAGCGUUAGCGGCAGCCCUGGCAUCUCACACUGCACUUGAGAUUCGAAUGAGGAAAGGUGAGGCCAACCGUCAUAGAUCCUAGCGAAGACCUACGGCAACCCAGCUGGCACCUCUAGGGAAUCCGGCAGACGAAGAAAUCGAGGGUUGCCAUAUCAUCAGUUAAACUUGGACUUUUUCAAGGUGUUCAAUGUUCUUAUGUCACGUUGUUUGUCGGUCGAGAGUGAAAAACUACAUGUUUAGGUGAUCUACUUAGAAUGAUUUUAUAACAGUUGGACAAUUACUUGACGUGGUUUACUUGUGUGUUAGUUAUAGUUUAUGUAACACUGCAUCUUAUUGACUAUGCAAUCUUAAAUAAAUCCCACCCUUCUAUGAUAUCUACUGCUGCAACAUAAUUACUUCAAUCUACGUAGUGAAUGAAACUUUAAGAGCUUAUUGUAGCGUCAUUUUUUUGGGUCGAUGAACAAAAAACCUGUCAAAUAAUAUUAAAGGGCUAUCCGUGUUGGUAGACGACACCAUAAAAAGCCGUUGACUGCCUUGCAAAGUGUCAAUUGCAUCAGAUAUACCAAAAUGCAGAAUUGCGUUCCUAAAAUUCAAUGUUAUUUCGUAAAAUAGCUGGAGAACAAUUAGGGUAAAUUAAUUCAAUUACAAAUGAAUUUACAAACACAUCAACGUAAUCAGAUAAGAUAAGGUUAUAAAACUAAGAAUUUUACUAUUUUAUUCCUUGUUGUAUUGAUUGAUAUUUAUACUAAAUUAUCUGAUAUUGAAAUUAAAAGACAUAUUUUUGCAUUACUUAAAUAAUUAAGAUUCACACCAAAGAAAAUAUAAUAAAUUAUUAUUAAAAACACGAUGUUGUACCAACAUCAUGGCAUUCGCCUAUGGGAUGUAAGCUAAGUUUUUAAUACUUCGGAAUUGAGUUUCUAAUGUGCCCUAUAAUAGUUUGUUAGUAAAUCAAGUUAAAGGAGGUGGUCAUCAUAAUAUACUUUUUGAAUACGGUGGCAUAACAAGGUUUAAAAUGCAGAUGUCAUAGUUACUCUGACCAAAAUAUCUCUUUAAUCCAUUGCUAUAGCGGGAUUAGUGUUUUUGUGGUGGUUUUAUUGGUUUUGGGUAUGAAACGUAGAGAACAGGGGAAGGUCAAGUAGCCAUUAUCCUAAAUGUUCAUCCUUAUCCUUGCCAGGCCGACACACUCACAAAGCAAGUGAUGCAUGGUCUUCACUUCCUUUAUGUAGAAGUCAGUUGAUUACGUGGUCAGCCAGGUUCGUAUCUCACAGAUCCGCCCUAGUGGCAAAAUGCCCUAUGUGGGACCAAAUAAGGGUCUAAGUUAUACCGAGCCUACUUACUUGAUCCGUAAUAAUUUCACGUAAAACCUCUUUGGCAUUUCCUAACUCCCAACUUUUCAUUAACUUUCCAGGGUUCAUGAGUUUUGUAGUAAUCUCCCAGUGGAUCUGAAUUCUUAUAAAUAGUUGAGGCUAUCCUUUUAAUCUGGAAUUUUAUCAGAAGCCACUUUUGGUCACUCAGUCCUUUCAUUUAUUUCGACACCAAUGUGUCCAGGGAUCAAGGACUAGAUUGACAUUAUUGCAUCCAACCAGUUUAUUGAAGGUCUGUUUGCAACACAGUGUCAGUUCUGAGUCUCUUUUACAAGCCACCAGUGCCUUGAUAGCUGCUUUGCUAUCGCUGAGAACGUAGGUGAUUUUAUUAUUAUAUUUUUUUACAAUCUCAGCCAUGCGAGCAUUGAGGCACUAUGCCAAACUCCCUUUUCUGUAUCGAAAGACAGUGAAAAUCCUAUCGACCAUUCCUAGUAUUAAUAAUUUAAAGUGGAAAUUUUCUAUCAAAUAAAUAGAUAGACAGGAAUUAAUAAGAGAUCAUAUCUAAUAUUCUAUUAAAGUUUUAUAUUCUGCUACACGGCAUGCUUGCAUAGGUCACCUAAUUUUAACCUCUGUAUUUUAUCAUUGGUGGUAGGACCUCUUGGGAGUCCGUACGGGUAGGUACCACCACCCCGCCUAUUUCCGCCGUGAAGCAGUAAUGCGUUUCGGUUCGAAGGGUGGGGUAGCCGUUGUAACUAUACUGAGACCUUAGAACUUAUAUCUCGAGGUGGGUGGCGCACUUACGUUGUAGAUGUCUAUGGGCUCCAGUAACCACUUAACACCAGGUGGGCUGUGAGCUCGUCCAUCCAUCUAAGCAAUAAAAAAAAACUCUUAGCUUCCACAUUGUGGAAGUUAAAAGUAAGUUUGACAACCGUCAAAGUGGUUAUUUCCGUGUUAGCCAGCGUUUCUUUAGCACCGAUGCACAUAUUUCAUACUCUUUUCUUGGCUACUGCACGAUUUGGUCGUAUAUGAAAUUAGUUAUAACUUCAAUUACAAAACAUUAUUAAGUAGUCAAUUUCAAAAAUUUUAUGACAAUUUUACUAUUGCCGUGAGAAUCGCGAACUCUAUAGCGCGAAUUGCGAGACAUUUAAUCGUCGCAGUGGUGAUCAGUAGUCCUGACUAUUGUAACGAGGUACUUAGACAAACAGACCCCAAAGGCUCUGGUUUCAAUUCCCUUUCGGAGUGAAUAUACUUUCGUACUAAAUUCGAUACAGAGCUUUUGUAAUUAGGGUCUGACGUAUUUGAGUCGACUAUUAUCAAAGCUGGCAAUGUGACUUUUGGACAAUCAGAAAAACGAAUUAUUGACUUUGUAUUCCAUUGACAGUCACAAAACUCUUCUGAAAGACAUCUUAGAUAAAUAACAGGUUAAGUAUUAACCUUUAUUUAAUGCAGGUUUUGAACCGUAUUCUUUGAAGGAGACGAUUAUAUUCAAAUCAAUCUGUAUUGACAUAUCAAUAACAUUUUUUUUUGUCCAAAUGCACAGAUUGCCACCUUUGAUAAUAGACGACUCAUUUAUUCUUGUCUCAUGUAAUACUGAUAGUCUCAUAUAGCGCUGAGCAUCGGGAUUGCUCGCUCCAGCGCAAACUGUGAUGGCGGGGUAUUACAUCUUACUGUUAAAUGUUCAUAUUAGUAAUAAUGUUAAUUGAAUAUAUCUGUACAAUGUACGAAGUAAGAAGUUAGCGUGGUUGAAAAAAAUCCACAUACCUACUAUUAAAACAGUCAUCUGUCUUAACUUUAUAAAAAAGACGAAGAAGUAAGCGCAAUCUUUAAGAAGCAAUAAAAUUAAAUAUAAUGUAUUGAAAACUAUAACUACAAUUUUCUUUUCUUUUUUUCCCCAUUAAAAACUUAGCGUCGAUGACUGUUUUUAACGCCGCUUUUGGAACGUACGUAAAACCGGCUUUGUAAACUCAGUCUUUUGAGUCAGAACAUUUUAGUGUUAUAACAAUGACUGUCAUUAUUGUUGGCAUGGCCAAAUAUGUGGGUCCCAAGUCAGUAAAAUAAAAUACAUUAUAUUGUUUCACACACUACAUUGUUUCAAUAAAUUGUAAUAAAUGUAUAUUAUGUGAAUAAAGUAUGAUUGUUGACCGUU